AUGAUCGCUCAACGAUGGCUCUGCGGUCAGCAUUGCGUUCACCUACGACAGCCUACAACACCAUCGCUCUCGACGCCCAUCUGCAACUCUGGCGGUCCAUAUCGUCGGCUCGAUUGCCUUCACGCCCCGACGUCAUUAUCAGACAGUACAUCGACGAAACGUACACACUACAUACCAGAACGUCUAAGUGAGGUCUACCUCGGCGACCUCUUCGACGUGGACCUGAACGUGGAUAGCGUAUGGGCCGGCGACUAUACAGGACCGCUGAAGGAGUUCAUGGACGCCAUGCCCAGCCUACACACCCUUCAUACGACGGAGUGCUAUCUUGAGAACCUCUUGGGAACGCCUACCGAGGUCCUUGGCAACUUCACACGCUUGACGUGA